AUGAUGAAAGUCUUAAUUUUAUCAUUUUUGAUGCUGUUUUUUAUUGCAAAAUGUGAUGAUUCGGUUCCGUGUUUAUUUAAAGAUGGAUCAUUUGGUAAAUGUGUAGACAUUAGAUCAUGCCAGUCACUUCUGACACAGUAUAGACAAAAAACCAUUUCGGCUCAAGACAUUCCGAUUUGUGAUCAUGCAAAAAGACUUGUUUGUUGCCCAAGAAUCAGUGCCAAAAAGUGCAGAGAAUAUGGAAGAAAUGCUGUAGAAAUAGCAAGGAUGCCAUCACUUUUAUUAAUUAAUGAAUUUCAAGAAGUAGUCAUUAAAACUAAGUGCAAGCAUAAACCAACAUCGUUGGUUGUUGGAGGAGAAGAAGCGAAACUGCAUGAAUUUCCACACCAAGGUCUUUUAGGUUAUCAAAAAGACAGAUCAGUCGAAUGGCUUUGUGGUGGAUCACUGAUCUCUCCAGAUUUUGUAUUGACAGCUGCUCAUUGCGUUUACUCGCCGGACCACGGAAUUGUGAAGUAUGUCAAACUCGGAAUAAAUGAUCGUGGAUAUGAUGGAGAUAAAUUUGUACUUUCAACUGUAGAACAAAGACACAAGUACCCAAGAGGAGAUUAGUCUACAUUACAUAAUGACAUUGCCUUAUUAAAACUACAAGAGUCAGUAAAACUCAAUGAAUUUAUUUUCCCAGCUUGCUUGCCAACAAGACCUUAUUACAACGACAAAGCAUUUGUGACUGGUUUUGGAGAUACUGGAAGAGGAGAUCAAUCACUAAAAUUAAUGAAAGUUGUUCUAGAAAGGUUCGAUCAUGAGAAUUGCAAAAACCUUUAUGAACAAAAUUACAAUGAAGACACAAUGCUGUGCUAUGGACAUCAUACAAAAAGAAUGGAUGCUUGUAAUGUCAAAACUUUAGGUGGACCCCUUCAAAUAUCAAAUCAUGAGCUAGUAAACUGUACAUUUACACAAUUUGGAAUUGUAAGCAUUGGACCUAAAGUUUGUGGACUGACUGGAGCUGCUGGAGGUUAUGUCAACGUCUACAAAUUCAUAGAUUGGAUAGAAGGGAUUGUUUGGCCGAAUGAAGUGUGA